AUGAAAGUAGAACGAUCACUCAACUUGCUACAAUAUUUAGACCCCCACUGGAAGAAAACGCCAUUCCUGAAACCAGAAAAUGCCGAAUCCGCCCAAAAAGCGUUAGAAAAUGCUCUCGCUUACCAUCUCAAAAAGGCAGAGGAAACCAACAACAGUGGAAAAUCACAGUCUUCUACAUGUUCUGAGGCGCCACCAGAGAAGAAUAGCAGCAAGGCCAAGCACACCCUUUUUUCUAUUCUCGAAGAAAGAAAAGAAGCUGUUAAACUUCAGAGAACUAACACCACUGACAGUAUUAUUACUGUUCGACAGUACCUUCAGGCUAUAACGGCGGACAGCAUCUCUGUUGACUUCAGGAUGCUGCACGUCGUAUCGGCGAACAGAUUCUCUGUGGACUUCAGGAUGCUUGACCGUGUUGCUGUUUGUAACAUAUGCAAACAACGACUUUCAUACAAAACCUCUACUUCAAAUCUACGGAAACAUAUGAAGUGUAAACAUCCCACUGUCUCCUUGGAUGAAGCUACACCAAACACAUUUCUGGGUAGUCAAGAGGUAGAUCACGCCGAACGGGUGCAACAUCGGACGACCUCUUCUGAGCCUGGAUCAAAGAAACACAGAACAUCAGCAUCGACUACUGCAGCGGCUGCAAAGCUCCAACACUUACACGCCAGUGCUAGUACCAGCACGUCCAGCACAUUGUCUGAAGAAAAUGUGGAUGACCCAAGCUCUUUGCCAGUUCCGUCUUCAUCCCGACCGGAUACGUCUGUUCCAGCAAAAUAUAGGGGAGGGCCUGCGAGAAAUAACUGGAAUAUUGCAGGGAAAGUAAUCUUUGUGGUGACAGACAAUGCAGACAAUGUCGUCAAUGCUGUCAAAGACGUAAUGGGCUGGAAGCACAUGGGCUGUUUUGCUCACAGCCUUAAUCUUGUAGUUACACGUGCUCUAAAUAAAAAUCAUGAAGUCGUAACACUAAUUGAGACUGUGAAACGUAUUGUCUCACAUUUUAAGAGAAGUGCUCAGUCAACCGAAAAAUUGAUUGAGUACCAGGUCAAAAACAACCAACAUGUUUCCACUAGGUGGAAUUCAACAUAUUUCAUGUUGAAAAGGUUUGUGUUGCUACAAGAGCCUAUCAAGGCAACUUUAGCUUUAAUUGAUAAGGAUUUACCUGUUCUUACUCCAGUUCAGUGGAAAAUGCUUUGUGAGCUGAUUUUGGUACUAAAGCCCUUCUACACAGUUACGAAAACUGUAAGUGGGGAAAAAUAUGCUACAGGGUCUCUGGUAAUUCCUCUCACGAAUUCACUAUUCACAGUUUGUGGAAAACUAAAAGAAAGAAACUUUUCCCCACUAGUGAAAGAAGUUGUCACCGAAUUGAACAAAGAGCUGUCAAAACGCUUUGGGAAUUUUGAAAGCAGCAAAUACGCUCACUCUCCUCACAUUCCUUGA